GUCGUUGGGCCGCGGUUCAAUGUCAUCGUGCCUCUGCCACCUCGUCGUUGUGAUAAUGAUCGGGCACCGCUAAGUUGUCCAGUCGCUGAGUCUGGCUACUGGAUGGCAGGCCCUGAGGCCACGGCACUCCAUUACCCAGCUCUACUGCUCGCCCUGCUGGUGCUCGGACUCCACACACCCGCGGCUGGAAAAACUCUCAGAUUCGUCAACCUGGUUUAUCGCCAUGGUGACCGAUCUCCUAUCGUGGAAUACCCAACAGAUCCAAAUACGGAGAAGGAUUGGCCCCAAGGUUUUGGGCAGCUUACCCAGAUUGGGAUGAGACAGCACUAUGCACUGGGCCAGUAUCUGCGAAAUCGUUACAGUCGCUUUCUCAACUCCUCUUAUGACCGACAAGAGAUUUAUAUUCGGAGCACAGAUUUCGACCGGACUCUAAUGAGUGCCGAAUCUAAUCUUGCCGGUUUGUACCCACCGCAAGGUCAUCAGAUCUUCCAUCCUGGCCUGAACUGGCAACCGAUUCCUGUGCAUACAGUGCCAAUGGACGAUGACAAGAUGCUUCUCUUUCCACUGAAGAACUGCCCUCGCUACACAGAGUUGAUCACAGAGACGGAAAAUACAGAUGAAUACAAAAAGAUUUUGAUGGAAAACAAGGACUUUCUGGACAUGCUGUCUAAAGUCGCUGGGGUUCCCAGAGAGCAGUUAUCGCUGAAUUAUGUUUGGUCAAUUUACGACACCCUGUUCUGUGAGCAACUUCACAACAAGACUGUGCCUUCCUGGGUGACACCAUCUGUCAUGGAGCGCAUGAAAACACUGAGGGAGUUUUACAUCCUGGCCCACUAUGGAUUGUACAAGCAACGGGAGAAGUCACAGCUCCAGGGGGGUAUGCUUGUGAAAAAGAUUCUCCAAAAUAUUGAACAAUCGUUGAAUGUGUCCUCUCCCACACCAAAACCUAAACUGAUCAUGUACUCAGCGCAUGACACGACAAUUGUAGCCCUUCAAAUGGCUCUCAAUGUUUACAGCCUUGCUCCCCCAUACGCUUCCUGCCACAUAUUCGAGCUGUAUCUGGAGGACAAUGGGUCCUUCACUGUGGAGAUGUACUACAAGAAUGAUAGUUCUUCUGAGCCACACCCACUAACUCUCCCAGCCUGCACCCACAGUUGUCCAUUGGACAGAUUCGUCCAGAUUGCUAGAAGAGUAAUACCUGAUGACUGGGAUAAAGAGUGUUGCCUUCCCAGUAACCACAUCCAAAUAGAACUGAUCAUUGGCCUGGCUUCUGGCUGCUGCCUUGUCCUGCUCCUCCUUUUCCUGACCGUGUGGCUCCAUUGCCAUGGCGAGUGUCAACGCCAGGGCUAUCAGAAAGUCGCCACCGGCAACGGAGACCGAGACAAUGGCCUUAAUCUGACCGGGAUGCUAAGUAAAGAAAAGCCGUGGGAUUUGCGAGUCAUCUAAUCACAGAGGUGUUUUUCAAUUGGCUUUUAACUGUGCAAUAAAGCAGUAUUUUAAUCCAGG